CAGCCUUUUACUGGCUGAUCCUCUCUAUAGGGCCAGUCCUGCAGCCAUGUUGAGAGCCUUUGCCAUCUGACCCAAACACCACCCCUUCAGUUACACAAUAGAGUUUAUUCUUAUACACUGCUUUCACCAUUAAAUAUAGAUCAUUGUACAGCUAGAUAUUCACUGAAUCUAUGCUGUUAUUCAGUAAGUAACUUGGGUUCGAGCUGGACCCUGCUGGGAUUCUAACCUACAUGCUUGUGUUUUGAUGGAGUGUGGUAAUGGUGGAGCUGUCUGGGGGGUGGGGGGCAGACACGGAGAGAGACUGUUGGCUGCUGGCACAGGCUCCAUAGGCAGGAGUCUCUGGUGUUCUCCAGAGGAUCCAGGGCCAGCCAAUCAGGGCCUGCUUUGCUGAGGCAUCGCCCUGUGACUGUGGAGUGAAAGUGGUGCUGAGUAAGAUGAGAUGAAAGGAAAGCGGUAAUGUGCGAGGCAGGUCAGGCUAAGAGAAAGAGGCGGCCUGGGGCAUGUUCAGGAGAUGACAGGAGCGAUGGAUGGAGAGGGGAACAUCUGCUCGGGGCACCGACGAGCAAGCAGCGAGCGUGCGCCCAACUGCCCUUAAUUGGCUUAUCUCUCUCUCUCUCUCUCUCUCUCUCUGUCACUGUCACUGUUGCUCGCUUGCUCUCUCUCUCUCUCCCUCUCUCUCUCUCUCUUUCAAAGGGACACAUCUGUUUGUUGAAUAGAAGCCCCCCCCCCCCCCCCUCCCCCUCCACUGGCUCCAUAGCUCAGCCAUCCUGUCCCAUGUGACCACAGCUCUCAGCAUCUCUGCACUUUUAUCAGUCCUUUACUGUACUGUAAUAACAGAAUCGCUGUUUUUCCCUCAAAGCCGUGCCUGAAUUUCUGCGUGUUUGGCAGGGAGGAAAGGGAGCUGAAGCCAAAGCGCUAUUGAGAACAUGACACAUAGAGAGAAGAGUAAAGAAGGACAUGUUUAGCUAGUGGUUUUAUUUAGCGUGCUACGACACUCAUGGAGCUGCCUGUCCCCGGAGGACCUGGAGAGGGGGUUGUGGAGGACUCGGGAGAGGCGGUUAUGGAGGGACCAGGAGAGGGGGCUACGGAGGGACCCGCCCUCUCCGAAACCCCGGUUAAUCAGCCUGGCCAGCGGCAGGACGACAACUGGGGCGAGACGACGACGGCGGUGACGGGCACGUCGGAGCACAGCCUGUCGCAGGAGGACAUCGUGCGCGUCGGCAAGGAGCCGGAGGACGGCGUGGGGCGGGGCUGCCGGCGCUACCUGGGCCCGGCGGCGGCGGCGGCGCUGGGCCUGCUGGUGCUGCUGACGCCGCUGGCCUUCCUGGCGCUGCCGCACGCGCUCUGGCCCGAGCAGCUGGAGCCCUGCGGGACGGCCUGCGAGGGCCUCUUCAUCUCCGUGGCCUUCAAGCUGCUCAUCCUCCUCAUCGGCGUCUGGGCGUUGUUCCUGCGGCGGCCCCGCGCCGGCCUGCCGCGCGUCUUCGUCCUCCGGGCGCUGCUCAUGGUGCUGGUGCUGCUCUUCGUCGUCUCCUACUGGCUCUUCUACGGCGUGCGCAUCCUGGACACGCAGGAUAAGAACUAUCAGGGCAUAGUGCAGUACGCCGUGUCGCUGGUGGACGCUCUGCUGUUCAUUCACUACCUGGCCAUCGUGCUCCUGGAGCUCAGACAGCUGCAGCCCUGCUUCUCUGUGUGUGUCACGCGCUCCACCGACGGAGAGACACGCCACUAUAACCUGGGACAGCUCAGUAUCCAGAGAGCUGCCCUGACCAUCUUAGAGAACUACUACCGGGACUUCCCUGUCCAUAACCCCGCCCUGCUGACCGCCUCCAAAUCCCGCGCCGCUAAACACCUGGCUGGCCUCAAGGUCUACAACGUGGAUGGCCCCGGGAACAACGGAACGGGCCAGUCGCGGGCCAUGAUCGCGGCGGCGGCCCGACGCAGGGACUCCAGCCACAACGAGCUCUACUACGAGGAGGCGGACCACGAGCGGCGCGUCCGCAAGCGCAGGGCCAGGCUUGUGGUGGCGGUGGAGGAGGCCUUCACCCACAUUAAGAGGAUGCAGGAGGAGGAGCAGAAGAAGACUCCUGGGGAGGUGAUGGACCCGCGGGAGGCCGCCCAGGCCAUCUUCCCCUCCAUGGCCCGCGCGCUGCAGAAAUACCUCCGCACCACCAGGCAGCAGCACUGCCACAGCAUGGAGAGCAUCCAGCAGCACCUGGCCUUCUGCAUCACCAACAACAUGACGCCCAAGGCCUUCCUGGAGAGCUACCUGACUCCCGGGCCUACGCUGCAGUACGGGAGGGAGCGCUGGCUGGCCCGGCACUGGACGCUGGUCAGCGAGGACGCGGUCACCAGCGGCCUGAAGGAGGGAUCCACCUUCCUGCUCAAGUGCAUAGACUUCAGCCUGGUGGUGACCACCAAGCGCAUCCCCUACAUCCAGCUGUCCGAGGAGUUCAUCGACCCCAAGUCGCACAAGUUCGUCCUGCGGCUGCAGUCGGAGACAUCCGUUUAGAGGAUUGCCCUUUCCUUUUUCUACAUUUUUUUAUUUUAUUGCUGUAAUCUCAAUAUCAUAGUUGAAUAUAUAUAUAUUUUUCGUUAUUGCUUUUAUGGAAAGAGAGUGGGACAAAGAAGAAAGAAGUUAACGGAUUGAAGCUGCAUCAGGAGAUGGGAGGACACAUCUGUGCAUGUGCUGAACAAGACCUCGAUCCCACAGUGAGUGUGUGUGUGUGUGUGUGUCUGUGUCUGUGUAACCUGCCUGUCCCAGCAUCUACAGAACAGUGGGCUAACCUGACUAUCUGAAGAGCAGCAGGUGGCACAGCAGUUGGCAUGGAUGCCAGUCUGAAGGACCACUAAAGACAGCUGACAAACAAGGAACUGGAGAGGAGAAGGGGGUUUUUACAUGAGAAUUAUUAUUAUUAUUAUUGUUAUUAUUAUUAUUAUUACAUUUUAUGUUCUAAGGCUUAACAGAAGCUCUUAAACAUGCCAUUUUCCCCCUAAGUUCUUCCUUGCAUGUAGAAAUGAUCCGAUUUCCUGCGUUUGGUGUUAUAGCUGAGACAACCUUCUUGUGUGGUUAUCCUGGGGUUGUUAUGGCAACUGGUUCUGCCGGGCGCAGGCAGCGUGUCUGAUUGAACUGCUGAUUUUGGCUACUACCUUCACUUAGACAACUGUUCAGGUGCAUUUUUAAUUUUUAUUUUUUUUUCAUACAAGAGUUGACAUUUUUACCAAGAGUGAACUUAAGGUAUGUAUAUGCGUUUGUAUAUAUAUAUAUAUACAUAUAUUUAUACAUAUAUGUACAAACAUAUUGUAUAUGACUCAGUGUAAAUAUAAAUGUAUAUAAAGUUUCUCCUUUAAUACUUUCAUUUUCUACUUUGUCUAUCUGGAGUUUCUGACCAUGUUAGUUGGACACUGAAGAGGACACAUUGAACACAUAUUUUUCCUGUUCCUGUUUUGCUGUUACCAGAUGUAAAUGGAUGGUAAAUGGACUGCAUUUAUAUAGCG